CCCAAACUUAAAAAAAAAAAAAAAAAAGAAAACACGAGGAUUGAGUUCCUCUUGUACCAAAAAAGAAAAGUAAAAAGGGAUUUAGGUAUUUUUUAAUUGCGUGUGUUUCAUUUGGUCUUGCAAAAUGUCGAUGGAAUUGGAUACCGUAUUGCAAGGCGUCAUCCGACCUCCACCGGAAAGCUGCGAAGAAGAAAGUGCGAAGCGGCUGAAAUCAGAACUGGAUACCAACUUGCACGACGUCGUAGAGAGAAGCUGCGAAGAAGAAGAAGAAGAAGAAGAAAGAGAGAAGCAGGUGAAACCAGAAUCUGAUUCUUAUUCAAGCUUAUUUGAUAGGGAAUGGGAAUCCAAACCAAUUGAAUUUCUUCAGAACAAGUAUGAUCAUGACCCUGUUCCCCGUGUUUUCGGGUGUGCGCGCUUUGUGUAUAUGAAUCCAGCCUGGAAACAACAAGAACUGGAUAUAAAACAUGCCGUGGCCGAGUAUCGGAAGAUCGCCAGUAACCUAAGUCCAUUCGAUGCUAUUGAUAUUCCACCCUUAAUAACUAGAUGUCCCCACAACUGGCCCAUGCCCGUUGACAUAUCAGAAAAUGAGGAUCGCCUCACUGAGCUCUCCAAAUUUGCUGUGGCCCAUUACAAUUCUCACAGUCAGGAUGCUAAGGAGUAUGAGUUUGUUAACCUUAUCAAGGCAACUAUUAAACUUUUUCCGUCUGGUACAUAUUUCAUUACCUUUCAAGCAAAAGCAAAAGAGGAUGUUGAUCCUUCCAACUGCCCUGUAACAACUUUCCAAGCCCACAUCUGGAAUAAGAAGACUGCAGAUGGACGGUCGCCUGAAGUAGUGAACUGUUCUAUCAAGCCUAUCAACUAAAACAUGCUUCAUGUCCUAUGUGCCAACCAAAGGAGAGCCUAAGUUCCAAUUACGUCGGCCUAUGUGCCAAUUAUGUCAGUUUAUGUGCUAACCAGGGGCCUAAGUGCCAAUUAUGUCGGGUCUAUGUUCCAAUUAUGUCGGCUUAUGUGCCAACCAAGGGCCUAAGUUGCCAAGUUAGUCAUUAUUCAAACUCUGAAUCGUGCAAUACGGGGUGAGUCAUGCUUGGAGGAGGACUAUGGAGCGAGCUCUAAUCCUGUCCACAGCUAAGAUUGGAAAGACUUAUCUCACAGUGAAAAAUAAUUAUAUCAAUAACUAAAAGUGCUAUAGAUAUGAGAAUGUAUGAGAAUAACUGUGUAUUAUGUUUGUGUAAUGGGAAUUAAGUCAGAGUCAUUCAAACAGCA